GAUAGAUCCGUGAGCGUCGCUUGUCUUCUGAUCCGCCUACGGUGUGUCUUUCUGGCCCUUGAAAAAUGUCGCUAAACGAUUACUUUGCUGCUAACGGAGCUGUGUACCUGAGACCAGUAGGACUGCCGGAUUGUUUUCCUUUACCAGGUUUACCCCAUGGAUGCAAGCCCCCGCCGCCCCCACUUGCGAUGCAGCAGCAGCAUCCUUGCGCCCCGCAGAAGCCCCGCACCAUGGCUACCGUGUCGCCCCUGCACCAGGGAGGCCCCGCCCCCUACGAGGGAGGAUUCGGUCCCCCAAGUUCCAGGACAUCGAGCUUUGCUGCAGCCCUUAGAAAGCUUGCCAAGCAAGCAGGCGAUCCCGUCGUAGGUGAGAAAGAACUGGCGCCCAUUUCUCCGGUUUCGUCCCCUGCCUUGAAUCAAGGCGGUUCCCUAACCCCCAAACGAAGUGGAGCACCUAUGGGGUUCCUGGGGGCCCAGUACCCUUCCUCGUCACCGCCCGUGGUUACGAUCGCCCCUAGCAGACCAGUGGCUACGCACACCUCAGAGAGUCGAAAGGUUAUGGACCUCAGCAGUGUUCCUCCAGCAAACAACACUUCUGGAGGCAUGACGAAUGGUCAUUUGCCAGAAAGCCUUGCAGUGAAGAUGGACGCUGGAAAGGCACCGGGCAGGCCGCAAGAGAAGUGGGAGGAGAAAGGUCCUCUCUCCGCGCAAUCGGCUCAACCGCAAGUCAGGCCACAUGCUACGAUUGCUCCCCUUCCUCGACCAGACGAUUCCUUGACGUCAUCCAGAGGUUUUCAACCUUACCGGGGCUCAGAAGAAUCUCGCAAUACACUUCCCCACCACCUCCCAUUGUUCGAACACCACCCUGCUACUUCCUAUCCAUACGGCCCUACGUUUUUACCUCCUCCACAUCUUACACAUCCCGCUUAUAGGUUUGAUGACCCGUUAUAUUUAGAACGCUAUAGUUUGCUGAGGCCACCUGUAAUGCCUUAUCCGCAAGCAGGCAUGAUGGCGCCACCACCCACUGCCUUCUACCCCAACAGUCGAUACGCCGCGGACCUCAUUGCACAGUCAAUGUCUCUCAACUCAGCCAAUAACAGCAUCAUCAAUGAGAGGAUAAAACAAGAGGAAGAACGCCGGAUGCGUGAAAAGGAGCUUGAACUGGACCAAAGUCGGAACAAGGAACAGGAACGACAAAGGGAACAGCAGAAGGAGAAAGAGGCCAGAGAAAGAGAACACAGGGAGAAGGAGAAGCGAGAGCGGGAGAAAUCCAUCAAAGAAAAAGAAGACAGCGCGACCGAACACAAGAAAUCGUUCUCCAAUUCUAGUCAUAGUUCCACUCCCAAAAGGAGCGAAUCGCUAAACGCCAGAGCCCCAUCUGGAACGAGUUCCACGGCCACUCUCACGAGUCAGUCAACGCCGGUCAGCAGCUCGAUUCCACUCAAUCUCGUCAUGCACCCGAGUCAGGAACUCCCCAAAAAGGAGACUGAACUGUGGUUACCAUGGCAACAGCCUCUCAAUCCUUAUCCCAAAGAUAAUGCUAGUCAAGAAAUGGGAAGCAAUUCUAAACACCCCGCAUAUCGAACGCAGGAAAAUCAUCGACAUGUUAAUACAAAAGACCAUCAAGUGAAUGAGAAAGUGAGCUUAAGGUUCAGCCCGCCAAUUCCAAACGACAAGAAACAUUCCAAUGCCUCCAGUGCUACUUCAUCAGAGACUGAAAACAGAGAUCACAGGCCGAAACCACACAAUUCCGAGGGCAAAAAGUACGACAGCAUCCACCACCACAUCACGGAACUGUCGAACAAAGAAAGCAAUGCCUUCGACUGGAGGACUCACAACCCCAAUGAAAUGCAAAGCAAAGACAUCCACCCCAUCGAGUGGGGGCACGAGAAAGUCCAGAGGUCCUCAGAAGUGGUCCACAAGGAAGGCAAUAUCCACGACUGGAGGCCAGAGAAACAGCACAAGAAUUCAGACUCUUCGAGCAAGGACAGCGGUGCGCAUGAGUGGAGACACGAGAAGUUGCAAAAAGCCUGCACAAACAAUCACAGGAAAAGCCACGAAUCGAAAAAGUCCAAGGAAGCCUUCCACAAUCAUCAACGAAAGGCUGUCAAUGGGGCAAUCCUGAAAGCCAGUCCUUAUCAGAAUGAAGGAAUGCAUGCCCGUCUGUUGGAAUCAGAAAAAAGUCGACUGGAGUUGAAUGGACACACGCAGCAAAAGCCACAAGUUUACAAUAACAUAAACGAAAGGCUUAUUGUACCGACGUACAAAACCUCUUUUCCACCGGUUCUAUCUAAAGAUAUGGGACCUCAUAAAAUGUAUACAGAUUAUUAUAGUGCUCCUGUUUUGAAAAGUAACGUUGAUUUGACACCUGUGGUGAGCAAGCUUGAUGUUGAUGCUAAGAGACUGCAGAAAAACGAUCUUAAAUUCUUUGAAGACGAAGGAAAAGAAGAACUAAGGCUAAAAAAUCUGCUCAUAAUCACUAAGGGCCCUCCUCUAAAGUUUGAUCCUAAUCCACAGAAAUUAAAGUUUCUGCAGUUGCUAGGAUUAACGACGCAUUUCAAAAGGAAAAAAAUUGAAUUCAACAUGUACCUAAAACGAAGAAAAAUUCUUCGAGAAGAGUCGAAUAUCUCGCCUUGGAGUUCUGAUGUUGAAGAGGAAGAAAAACUCGUUCUCCCGUUGCCAUCUGACAGCAGAAAUUUGGAUCAUUUAGCAGAGAAACUUCGAUCGGAGACGACUCCCGAAAAGUUGGAAUUUUUCCUACAACUUGGUUUAACCCCUAUUACUUUAGUUAAGAAAGAAGAAAAGGAACGUAUUCGAAGAAUCGUUGAAGAAGAAAAGAUGAAGCGACAUUUUCGUUUUCUUGCCAAAAUCAACCGAAAAGCUUCACCUCGUCGCUUAUUUGUGCCAAAAAAUGAAGCAGCUAUGAAGCUUGAUCAUUUGAGGAAAAUGAAAGAACGAAAUUUCAUUCCCAAUGGACUGAUGUCAAAAAAGCUGAUGGAAGAUGACCAACAGCUUUUUGAGUUCAAUGUUUCAAAUGCUAGUCAAAGCUUCACGCCAAAGUACGAAAAAGUGCCUUACAUGAUUACUUCAGAACCUAGUGAUUCUUGUGGUUCAUCUUUCAAUCCUCCAGAAAUGAUGAAUAGUGACUCUUCGUGUACAGUGCUCCAAAGGAAGUCUUUCAAUAAAUAUUCUUUCAAACGAGGUCACAGCUUAAAGAACGAGUGGAGGUUUCCAGAUCCGGUUGAAUCGAAGAACAAUCAAAUUGUAACGAAUACGAUCCAUGGGACGUGUCUGUACCCUCCUGCAACGAGUGUCAUUUCCAUAGGCACACAAGUAGAUGCUGGCAUUCUGAAUUCUGAAAAAGGAACGUUGGCGUCGUUGAAAGAUUCUUUCAACUGGCCUGGUUUAGAAUCCGUCAUGGAGGCCUUCUUUAGACAUCAAAAUGAACAAUCAAGUGAGAAAAUUAUUUUGACAGAAAGAUGUCAACUAUUACGUCAUACUCAAGAAGAACUUAAAAAAGAAGCCGAAAGCCUUAGUCGGCGGAUGUCGGAAUUGCUGAAACGUAAACGUGAAAUGGACGAUGAGAGACUUAAUCAUCAAUGUGCAAUCGAUCGCUUAAAACAGUGCCUUCAGUUCGGAAGGUAACAAUAUCGAAACGAAGACUGGAAUCGAUAAUUUUGAUAGUCAAUGUUUCAUUACGUUUUUACCCAGUGAUAAUACUCUCUAGUCCGAACCUGAAACCUCAAAGACAAAUUGGCCGAUCUCAGGUCAAGACAGAUCUUGGACAGCAACGAUUCUUUUUGUCAUCAUCAAACAUGCAACAAAUUCCGCGCCGUUUUGGCGACUUUUUAAACUGUUUUCUGCCUAGUCUGUAUUUCUGUUUCUUAUGUGGUACUUUUCCAUUGUAGGUACGCCGCUUGGCUUGUCUGAUUUCUACCGUGGCGAAAAUAGAAAAAUUUCGUUUACAUCGUCGCCAUGUUUGCUCCUCUUUUCCUAAUUUUAUUGUAAUGAAAGUGUUAAUGUUUAUUUUUGAUCGAUACAAUUGUACAUUUGUUUGGUUUUUUAUUGGACGGAUUAAUGGAGCAUUUAAAGUUGA